AUGGAAGAACAAGUGCAAAGACUCGUUGAAAAAGUAUGGCGAAAAUACCAAGAAACGCCCGCGGAUAAGCGUGUUUUGAUCGGUAUCGCUGGCAUCCCCGGCUCAGGUAAAACAACCUUUUCAAAAGUCAUCACAGCUCGUCUCAAUGAGCUAGCAGCAAAGCAAAACACUAGCUCUCUUGCCCCAGCGGCUUUUCUACCCAUGGAUGGCUUUCACUACCCGAGGAGCUAUCUGUCGGCACAGGCGGACGCCACUUUAUAUCAUGCUCGCCGCGGCGCGUCGUUCACCUUUGACGCAUCCAAGUUUCUAGACUUGGUUACGAAGCUGCGCAAUGCUCCCCUGGACAAGGAAAUCAGAGCACCGUCCUUCGACCACGCCGUCAAGGACCCCAAGGAGGAUGACAUUGUCAUUGCUCCUACGCAGCGCAUCGUUGUUGUAGAGGGCAACUAUUUGGCGCUGACUGCCGAUGUCUGGCGCGAUGCUGCGGCGCUCUUUGACGAGCUCUGGUUUGUGGAGGUCGAUUUCAAUCGGGCGAGGGAGAGACUGGCACCCCGCCAUGUCAAGGCGGGUAUUGUGACGAAUCUCGAAGAUGGAUACAAGCGUGCAGAUGAGAACGACCUCGUCAACGGCAGGGAGAUUGUCGACAACAAGAUGCCAAUUCAAGAAAUCAUCUACAGCACCGAGGACGACAGCUGGGCCCAGUAG